AUGAUCUUUCCCUCACCAAAGCAACCAGAUCUCAAACCCAUAGCACAGACAAUGGACAAGUCCCCAGCCACUGCGGGAUGCCAUCUUGAACCACUUUUCCUAGAGCCACUUGGUAUUCUCAUCCUUUUCAUCCUAACCUGGUUCAUCUCAGAGGUUCAAAGACUCCUUCCCAGUUCUUGCCAAUCCUGCAGUUGUCCUGUCUCCACGACAACCUCGCCGCCGGUCCUCGCGGAGACAUCAAAGGCCCCAAAUAAGAGUGAAUAUGUGGAGAUGAAUGCGAAGCAGUCAGAUGCAGAGAUAGCCAUGAGAAAGAUGGGAUUCGAUUUUGAUCAAGAGAAAAGCUGUGAACAUAUUUCUACGCUUUUCGACGACGACGAACCAAGCUUCCAAGAAGUGAAAAUGGCAUUCUUGGUUUUUGAUGAGAACAAUGAUGGGUACAUCGAUGCAUUGGAUUUGCGACGAGUCCUCCACAACUUAGGAUUAGGUGACCGGGUAGGGGUCAGUGAGUCUGAGCAGAUGAUUGCUAGAUAUGACAUGAACAAUGACAGGAGGAUAGAUCUGAUGGAGUUCACUAAGGUUUUGGAGGAUAGCUUUUGCUAAACAUACUUAUUUCUGUAUUUGUUUUCCUAUAUCUGCGAGAUGCAUUUACGUAUUGUGAUUGAAAUAAUUGCGCCACUUGACUCCAGAACUAAAUAACGGACGUUUUUUUU